AUGAUCCACUCCAGAAUCCUUCAAAAGGAAGCAGACUCCCCGGAAUUUGACAAUCAAUUCAAUUAUCGAUCACUCAUUGGGAAAAUAGCCUACCUGGAGAAAGGGACAAGACCGGAACUUGCAUACGCAUGUCACCAGUGCAGCAGAUUUUCGUCAGCACCAAGGAAAGCGCAUGGUGAAGCAAUCAAACGAAUUGGACGUUACCUUUUAGGCACGGCAGAUAAGGGAAUGUUCAUCGAACCGGACUUGAGAAAAUCAUUUGAGGUGUAUGUUGACGCAGAUUUUUGUGGGAACUGGAACGAACGCUAUGGACAUGAUCCAGACACGGCACGCUCGCGUCAUGGCUACGUCAUCACGUACGCCGGUGUUCCAAUAAUUCACAAAAGUCAAUUACAAACCGAAAUCGCUUUGAGCUCUACCGAAAGCGAAUACACUGGUCUCAGUUAUGCAUUGCGUGAGGCGAUUCCCCUCAUGAACCUACUCAAGGAAAUGAAACGGCAUGGAAUCCCUGUCCUAGAUCAUCGCCCAAAAGUCCAUUGCAGAGUCUUUGAAGACAAUACUGGAGCAUUGGAAAUGGCAAGAGUCCACAAGUGGAGACCCAGGACAAAACACCUCUGCACGAAACUGCACCACUUUAGGUCAUAUGUAACAAGGAAGGAGAUUACCAUUCAUCCUAUUGAUACUGAGGAUCAACCAGCUGAUAUACUGACAAAACCGCUGGCUGUCGAACUCUUUAUCAAACAUAGGAAAUGGUUAAUUGGCUGGUAA